GGCACCUCACCUUAGAGCCUCGGCCUAACCUUAGACAGCCAUGGCGGCGAGCUCGUUUCACCAUUACUUACAGGCGUUGAACUCGGAGUUCGAGCGGCUGCUCCUUGAGAACAAGGAGCUCAGGAAGGAGCUGCAAAAUGAGCCAAUGUGGUUGCUGAAGUCCUUGGAGAUGGACGAGCCCAAAGAGGCCAAAGGUGAAGAGGGCCGUCGAAGCACCGGAGAGGGCACUCCCACGGCGGAGGUGACAAAGAGCAGAAGUACCGACCGAUUUGGUGUCCAAGGGGUUCGUUCCACGGUCUCCUCCCAGCUCCGGUUGUCCGGCCACUCCACGGGCAGUGCCCUGGCGCCGCCCAGCGUCACAGCGCCCUCGCUCGCGCCGCCCUUGCCGGGUGCCGUGGAGGAUGAGCCCAAGAAGCACACGGUGGAAGCCACCUGGGUCAGCGAAGUGCCGGGAGGAGUGGGAGCUCCCGAAGGCCCACCGCCCUCGUUGAACGGGAAGGGUCGGAACCUGCGAGACCUGCGAACGCCCAGUGGCAGCGCGGAGGAGCGGAAGGUUGUGGAUUACGAAUCUGAGGAGACAGAGGAGAACGCCAACUUCUUGCUCUUGCUCGACAUCAUCCCGGCGAUUGUCAUUCUGGCAAGCACUGCAGUCGCGGGCAUCAGCGCAGACAACGAUCCUGAUGGCAUUGCCUGGACCGUCUUGGAGGCCAUUUUCACCCUUUUUUUCCUAGGAGAGCUGAUUGUGAGGAUGACUUUCUUUGGCGUUCGAGAAUUCCUUUUUGGCAGCGAUUGGUAUUGGAGCUGGUUCGACAUCUUGUGUGUGGUCCUAGCUUUGAUUGACAUGGGCAUCGUAUACACCACUUUGGGCUCAGGUGGGCAAGCAGAUACAGGUCCUGUGUCGGCACUGAAAAUGCUCAAGCUGGCUCGUUUGGGGCGUAUCAUUCGUCUUUUGAAAUUCAAGAUCUUUCAGGAGCUGAAAUUGAUGAUCCAAGGUGUGUUCACUGGUCUCAGAGUUCUCUUCUGGGCGGUGGUCCUCUUGGUGGGAUGUAUGUACCUGCUAGGUGUGGUCACCAAAGUCUUGUUCGGGGACUUCCGGAUAGAGUUCAGCACUGUGCCUGCAGCGAUGUUCACCAAUUUCCGCUGCUUCACCGAUGGAUGUACAUCAAUUGAGGGGGAACCACUUCAAGACAAGCUUCGUGAAGAAUACGGAGGGCUCUUUCUGGUGGGCUAUAUCCUCACGUUUUUAUUUGUGACGAUCGGAAUGUUCAAUCUCAUCAUGGCCGUUUUUAUUGACAACGUCACAGAUGGCAGCACCAAGAAGAGGCAGCGAGAGCUGGGCGCCAAUGCUCCGCGCACGGCGUGGGUCCUUUCGUCGGUUUUAAGAGAUUUGAUCUUGAGCCAAAUGCUGAGAAGAGAAGCGGAAGAUGAGGCCGCUGCAGAAGAGGAGCUGCUCCAGAGAGAAAUGAGCGGCGAGCAUACCCCCAGACCCUCGGGCGCCCGGAGAUCGUCGAAGAUCUACAAGGAGAAGCUCUUAGCGCUACAGGAGAGGUAUGGCUACAAGCCCCACACUGUUCAGGAGUAUGAUGAGCUCACGCAACAGAUCCGCAAGGAGAUGGCAAACACUAAUGUCCAGGUCUCUCGAGCAGAGUUCAAUCAUUGGCUCUCGACGGAAAGGGAACUACUGGAGACGUUGAAUGAUGCGGAGAUUGACCUCUCCUGCAAAUCUGAUCUCUUUGAUGUGCUGGAUGCCGAUUUGAGUGGUGUGCUUGAAUUCGAAGAGAUGAUUGACGGCUUGCUGAAAUGCCGUGGUCCAGCUUCGAAGACUGACAUCAUCGCCAUUCGUCUGAAGACGAGCCACCUCGUGCAGCUCGUCACGCGCCUUUGCGCCAAGCUCGAUGUGCCCACGGGCGACCCCUUUGCGGAGGACGAGUGCUGAUCGGUCGCCCAAGGCCCAAGGGGAGGAGACAUGAUGACAUUUGCCUAAGAGUUUCCUGCAGCAGGCUGGGAGGUGGUCAUGCGCUGGUGACCCUGGUGUUUGCGGCUGUC